GGACGGGAGAGAAAACCAGCAGUGUGGAGGCGACGGAGGGAGGGAGUGUGCGCACGCCGCUGGAUUUAACCUGUGGCACUGACUUUCGUCCUCCAGUGAGUCCAAGGCCAUCAGAGAGGAAGUGUGACACCCUUCCUUCACUGAGGGCAGCCAGUGAGGGACCGCUCCGCUACAUACAACAAGCCUCGCACUUGGAGUAAAGACGGGAAGAGGCGCAACAGAUAACGAAGUGAACGGGAAGGAGUGUGAAGGAAAUAACGGAAACUUUUAGGGGUUUUUAUGAUCAACGCACGUGAAUAAGAGUGAAAGGUUCCCCGCUGUUUCCUGAGCGCGGCCAAGAUCCCCAGUUAUCGCGCUGUUAUCUGCGGCGGGAACAUCAAAGCAAGUGUGUGUACGAGCUCAGAUACCUUAUCACCGUGUGUGUAUGUGUGCGUGUGUGUGUGCAUGUGUGUGUGUGUCUUGUGUGCCGCCCCGCCGCCGCCGCCGCCUCCGCCUUUCCCUCCCUGCCAGCGACGAAAAGUUAAAGGCAAGAAGGAAAGGAAGAUAACAGCAUAAGUGAGGGAGGUGUGAAGUGAGGAGGGGAGCGCUGCCAAGUCACUUUUUUUUCGUCUCUGGAGAAAGAAAAAGAGAGACAAACAAACUGAAGAGAUAAGAAAAAAAAAAAAGCAGAUUCACACCGGCUAUUAAACUCGAAUCAACGCAGACUGAAAGAAAAAAGAGAUAAAACCAGAAAACCAACUCAAAUUCAGACCGCGUGCUUGCAAACCAACGUGUACAUGAGUGUGUGCAUGUGAGAGUGUGUACAUGUGUGCGUAGCGUCGCUCGUGUACGUACGUGUGCAUCAGAAAACCGCACACAUUCACCACUAAUCAAAGGUGCACAUUAAGUCAGACUCCUUGACAUCACUAGCCCUCAUGUCUUCCACGGGCCCGCCACCCACCGCCGCCACCACCACCACCACUAGACUCCUGGCGGGGGAAGAGUGGCCAGGGCAGCGUUAGAGACCCAGCAAGCCCUUUAUAAGCCCGUGCGAGACCCAUAAGACACCUUCAGGUCUUCUAGUCAUGGCCAACUCCUUCGUAAAAUGGUGUCGAGCGAAAUUCUUCAAUGGAUACAAACAUAUUAAUGUGCUGGCGCAGGAGGAAGGGUGCGGGAGGUCAGACACUGAGACUCUGGUGAGGGCGGGAGAAGAAGACCUUCUAAUCCCCACGCCCACAGCCACGCCCGCGCCCACCCACGCCCGCCCUGCCCACCCACUAGCCGCCGGCACGUAUGUUGAGGAGGUGUCUUGCGAUGUGAGUGUGGCAGCGGGCGACCUGGAGAGGCAGGAAUUUUCUUUCACGUUGUACGACUUCGAUGGACAUGGCAAGGUUACCAAGGAUGACAUCGCGGGGCUGGUGAGGACAAUCUACGAGGCGGUGGGUUCCUCGCUGUCCCUCCCCCCCAGCGGCUCACGGACCAUCAAGGUGAAGCUUACAGUGGCCCCUGAGGCAAGCCGAGGCCGCCCCCAUCAGGAGGACAAGGAGGAGGAGGAGAAGGAGGACGAGGAGGAUUAUGAGGAUGAUGGGUGUGGGAGGGGGCAGCGAGGCAGGAGGAGAGGAGGAAGAAGAAGGUCCACAUCUCUGCAACGACAUGAAUUACUGCAGAUUAUUCAAGCCAACAUGGAGAAGAAUAAUCUUUUCUACACGCCCCUUCACCGCCCUGCCCACUCCCAUCACCACAGCCACCACUCCCACCCCCACCACCACCACCACCACCACACCCGCCGCCGCCGGCCACGCCCCUCCUGCCCCUGCUCUCCCCCAGACCCUGCGCAGGUGAAGGCACGUCUGCUGGAGCCGGACUGCCCGUGCCGCCACACACACUACCACAGCCACACGCACGGCCCCUCCUCCGCCUCCCGCCAGGGGUGCCGCCGCCACCACCGCUCCCACUCCCAUGACCUGGCCAGGGACUCACCACCACACUUGUUUCGCUCCCACCUCCUGGACAAGACCUUCCAGCCCCUACCCCCCUCCAACACCCCCGACCAGCCCCCCUCCCCGCCCACGCUGCCCAGCCACCACCAUCACCACCACCACCAGCAACCACGGCACCAUCACCACCACCACCACCACCACCACCGGUCCAGGUCUUAUGACGGCGGGGACACGCAGCGGUCGUCACCACGGGGCCGCAGUGGCCGUGGCUCGCGGUGCCCCCAGCAGAGCUCCCCACAGAGCCUCAAGACCUCCCCUGAGCAGCCCUUGAGAGUGAGCCAAGCCCCAUCCCCCUCCAAGCACGAGUCCCCACGGGGCCUGGGGGUCGAGGGGUCUGCCUCCCCCCACGCCAGCAAGCACCGGCACCGCGGUGCGGACCAUGACCGAGCCAUGGCACAGGUGGUUGCCUGGCUGGAGCGCGGGUCCCUGCUGGAGGCACCCUGCUCCCCACCGACUGAGCAGAGCCCCCCUGGGGACCAGGCCCACCAUGUGCACCAGCACAUCCACCAUCACUACCACCACUACAACGAGCACCAGCUGCCGCCGCUGGUACUCUGAGGACACCCCUGCACCUCCCCGGCCCUCGCCCUCACCCUCACCCUCUCCUGGUGGCAGCGGGAGGUGCAGAGGGACGGGGCAGGUGCAGCACCCCCCACCCCCUGAAGUGAGCCGCACCCCACGGUGUACCAGUGGCCAAUGAGCUUGGCAGUGGCUGUGGCCUGCCCUGCGUGCCCACUGCCAGUCAGGGCAGCAGGGUGGGGCCAGUGAUGGGAGCGUGUCAGUCAUGCCAUGCCAUCCCCUGCCACUUGCCUCCUGCAGGGCAGGCACUCACCGCUGGAGUCGUGGCCUUGCCGCACUCCACCCCAACAUUCCCAUCUCCCACAGAGUCUCAGAAAUCUCAUGACCUGCUUGUGUCCGUGGCCUCAUCACCCUCAUCCUGCAUUGUCUCAUCACGCCUCACAACACCUGACAUGCAUAUAGUCAUUUUUAUUUUUUGAAGUCAUGUGUCCACUGAGGAGAACCCUUCGUGCCACACUGACAGGCAUUCCCUCACCUCCUGUGACCCUCUCAUUCCUCAGAUGCUCAUCAAUUGUGACCUCUGUUCUCAUUCCUGCUGACUCAACAUUCUUAAAGCAUUCCUUACACACACACACACACACACACACACACACACACACACACACACACACACACACACACACACACACACACACACACACACACACACACACACACACACACACACACAUUGUACUAGUCAUUAUGUUACAAGACUUGAAUCAAACAAACAUCACUUCCUAUGUUUCAUGUAAUCAUUGAUUCGUCCAUCGAGACUCAAAAUGAAGAGUGCCCUUGUGUGUGUGAAUGUAAGAUGUUCGUUCACACACUUGUACAUCAUUGCAUUUCAGUUCCAGACUCAACUCAAACACAGCCAAGAUCCAAACACGCAACAGAAAACAGAAAGUAAGAUUAACUGUCGACUAAUAUGCGCUGAACCUAAAUAACUGACCUUAACUGGCUUGCUGUGUGUGGCAGAUGACUAUUACCACAACUUGACUGCCUGACUGACUGAGUGGGUUCUUACAAGGUGCUCUGCUUGCCACACUCAGGUCAGAUCUGUAACAUUCCCAGCAAGGUCAGAUUCACAGGUCAGUUCCCAGCACUACAUCUCAACUCUUGAAUGACUGAGUGUUGUGUCAAUGGAAAUGCAAACUGUACUAUGUCACAAACCAGGUGCUUCUAAGUCAUAACCUCAGGAAGGCUAUGAAGCAAUACAAGACUGGAGGAAAGCCCUGCAAUAUAGAAAGUACUGCCUGAUUGAUGUGUAAUGAAACAAUCUCUCGCUGUGUUAAUUAAGGCAAGACACACCGCACAACACCCUGGAACUGUACCACAUGAACCGAGGUGUGUGGGAAUGCUGUGUGCUUGGCUGUGACUCAGGAAAUCAGGAAGGGUGCUUAGAGUGUGUGUGAGGACAGGCCACCACUGCAGGGAACUGAAUGGGGGCUCAGCUGGGUGACCUCCAGAGAUCUUGUGUGGAAAACUGUUGCAGGAACUAUCGUAAAGAUGCAGGAUCUCAGUCACAAGGAGAGAACAGAUGACGAAAUGUGGAAAAAUAUUGUAGGAGGAUUCAAAAGUGUUGGAAGAGUUUAGAAGAUGAAGAUAAAACAUGAAAAAUGGAUGCAGCCAGAUUGAAGGACAGGUAUUCACUGCCUUCCAUGUCACAAAGAGGAAAAGCAAAACUAAACUACUUAACAGAAAGAGAACUUAGGAAAACUAUUUAGGUAACCACUGGAAGGAAAAGAAGAAGAAAACCAGUUGCAUCCAAACUAAGAAAAAAUAAUCAUACCUUUCACAUCACAAGAAGAAAAACAGACACACAACUCAACAGAAAGAGAAACAAGAAAACUAAAAAAAAACUCACCAACUAUUGAAAGGCACCACAAGUGUUUCUCUUUCUCAAAACCAGAACUUUAGGGCAAAAAGGACAGCUGGAUGAGAAAGCCACCAGUAUGUCCUUAUGCCCUCCCCCCCCACCUCACUACCUCACUCCUCACCUUUGCCACAGACUAGGAAAAGACGACGGAGGAAGAAAAAAUGAGACAGUGUAUUUUUUGUACAGUGAAUCGAUCUAUAUGACUUUGUACAUAACCUAGUGUAUAUCGAACUUGUAUAUAUAUAACCUCCUCCUCCUCCUUCUCCUCCUCCUCCUCCUCCUCCUCCUCCUCCAUGUUAUUCUGUGUUACUGUGUUCUGAUGAAGAUGUAUUUGUUCUAAAAUGCAUAAUUCAAAGAGCACUGCCCUCCCUCAGACAUGCUGCCCAGUCCAUGCCCAGCCCCCUUCCUCCUGACAUACCCCAUCCCCCAUGAUAGUAGUUAUGCUGUAUGGUAGUUUCAUUAAUGGUGCUUCAACUACUGUAAACAAAGAACCAUUCCAUGUAUUCUGUCUCUCCCUCUUAUUGAUUAUUUUUAUGACUUAUCCUUACGUUUCUUUCGUUCGUGCGUUCGUCAGUUCAUCCAAUGACCGUCGGCAAGUGUUUGUAUUGUCGACGUACAGGAAAUUCCUCGUCUCUAUCCGUUCCCAGCCAGCAAGACCCUGACAGAGAGCAGGAGUGCGUGGCCCAAUAUUUAUUCCACGUUACUUCCCUCCCGUGUUACGUUCCUCAGUUCGUUUCCUUUCCUCCCGACAUUAAAAGGCACAAAUAAAUGUGUUAAACUGAA